AUGAGUGUCAAAGAGGAGGAUAUGAUUCGUAUAUAUUCAAUAUGGAUUCAUCCAUCAUCGAUAACGGAGAAGAAAGGCCUUGCCGUGUUAUUUGUAGCAUUGUCAAGUGAACCUGACGAGAUUGAAGCAUCAUUUGUUGAAUGUCUGACGUCAUCGUCUGAAACAUGGUGCAGACGAUGGUGGCACAUCUCUCAGAGGAGCGUCUCCCUGUCGGCCAGUUCCUAUUCGCCAAAGUUAAAUCCGCUUCUGAUGAAGCAGCUGAAAGAGCCUAAAGCCACGGAAAAAGAGGUGAAGAGGACCGCGCGGGUUUCGUCGGCGGAAAAGGCGGAGACCGAGAGCAUUGGUUCAGAUGUCACCGUGGCAUAUUACCGGGGACUUCCUAGGAUCACGGUGCCUCUUCCAUCCAGGAGGGAAUCUUGCUCGUUCACCAUGAAGCCGAUAACGCACACGGUCGGCCAUUUUUUAGACAUGCUGAAGACGGAGGAUCGCGGCAUCGAUCGAGCUUGCAUAACGUCGUUAGAUGGCAUCAGAAUAGCUUCCAGCAACACGAUAGAGUCGCUCUUAGAGGAGGACUUCAAAUUGUUGAUAAACGAUAACGAAUACGUUGUUUCGCCGCCGUUGCAAGAUAGGUGCACGACAGAGGAUUUGCAGAAGCUCGGAGACGUGCAAGCGCUCGUCGCGCAAUUGUUCGAGGCGUUCCACGUGCGGGAGUACCACAUCGACAUGGAGAGAUCGGUGAUCGCCGAGUUGGAGGAUAUCAGACUGCAGCUGGUACCCAUGGAACAGAAGUUGCAAGAGAUACAAAAUGCCGCUUACAAGAAGGCGAAUUUUUUUGUCUGGACCUUCCUAGUCAUGAUGUCUAUCCAAUUCGGGGCGUUGGCCAGAUUGACCUGGUGGGAAUACUCGUGGGAUAUAAUGGAGCCCGUCACUUACUUCGUCACUUACGGCACUACUAUGAUGUGGUUUAUUUAUUACCUCGUGACUCGACAGGAAUACAUGCUGCCGGACGUGUUGAAUAGACGUCACCUAAUAGUGCUACAUAGAAGAGCGCGAAAGAUCGGCCUCGACAUCGACUUGUACAAUUUGUUGAAGAAUCGCGCGUACGAACUGGAGACAACGCUGAAGAUCAUUCGCGGCCCCUUGUACGAAUAUAAGACUCAGAGGGAACAAAAGAAACGCGCCAGAUCGAGCUCCAGUAGCUCAAGAUCACCAAGUUCCUCGCCUAGCCCUAGCCCUAGCCCCGAGAAAGACGUUCCUAAAGUUAUACCCGAGUCGGACAUCCCGAGGAAGUAUGCCGAAGAGUAUAAAAUUUAAUCAAGGUGUUCAACGAUAGUGCGCACGACAGAGUCGGAAUGUAACGGAAUCAACGAUUGCCGGUCGUUUAAGUCGAUGUUAUCCUCUUCCAACGAAGUACACUCAGUAAAAGACUUCCCCUCUCUCGAGUAUGAAAGCGAUGCACUCAGGGUAAAAUUUUCAAGUCCGCGAAAUGUCGAUGCUGAAUGAUCGGAAUUGCGAGACUGAAAGGAGAUGUAAUUUAUUUUUGUGUUUGUGUGCGUUUACGCGAAGGAACCCGCGGUGGUAUCUCAGAUCUCGAGUCAGUCUUCCAAGUGGUAUCGGCGGCAACCAACUUUCGUUCACGCGCAAUGCGUUUCAUAGGCGUUAAAAGUGCCGCGGAUUAUCGAAUGCUCAAUGCUGUCGACGUGUUUGGAAGACGUUACGGAAAGAUAUAGUGUAGGAGAGACAGAGGGUACACGAAGCGUCAUGAAUGUCUUAAUAAUUACUAGAUGAACACCUUUCGGUCUUCAAUUAGUACUCCGAAAAAUGUCAUACACAUUUCACACAGGAUUUUACAAUAUAAGUUUUUUAUAAUACAUUUAAUUGAGAUUUUAUUUGAGGUACGACGAUCAAAACGAUCAAAGUCACAUCGAAUUAUUUAUAUUUUGCAUGACUCUCUUCCCGAAAGUGUUUCUGGAAAACGCAUUCGGUAAAUGUUGAAGCAUUUAUGACACUUACGUGUACACGUAUACUAUUUUGAUUAACUCUUUGUUGCAUUUAAUGUAAUCGGAAAGUUGCAUCCUGAGAAAUAUCAACGGGUUAUUGUUGUAGAUUACUUACUACUUUAUCGCUUUACCGGCUAAUCUUAACACUAAUUUAAUUGUUGUCUCUCAUACUCGGCCAAAUUGCAUUAUAAAAAUUUCAAUGCUGUAAUUCGAAACAUCAUAGCUUUUGCGCACUGGCGCAGACCAAGGGGCCUAUUCUAAACGUUAGCGAUAUUACAUGCUUUGCAUAGCUUUUCCAUAUGUUAUAUCUGCGUAAAACAUGUAAUGAUAUCGUUUACAGAGUAGACCCCUAAGACUACUGUUGAAUAGAAUGUUAAAAUAUAAGCGCCUUGACCGACGAAAAGAUGUCUAGCGCAGAAUACACAUUUUAAAUAUAUAUGUAUUUAAUUAUAUAUUUAAUAUAAUACAUUUAAAAUAUAUAUCAAAAGUAUAUUUCAAAUAUUUUGCGCUAGGCAUCUCAUUGAUCCAUCUUCAUUUGUACAUUCGAUUAUGCUUUUCUGUCAACUCGUGCUCGAAACUCUUCACCACGCACCAAUGCGCAUUAGUACAUCCAGUCGAAUUCAGUCACAAGUAACAAAUAUACUAACAAUAGUUUAGAAAUUACCUGACAAGUAAUUGUUUUGUCAUUGCGAUGCAAUAUGCCUCACAGAAACUGUGAAAAGAUUCUACGGUAAAGUGUUAAGCCAUAUUAAAUGUAAAUCACAUUUACGAUUAUUUAUAAGUUAAAUUAUGUAUAUAAAACAGAAGUGUAUUAUAAGAGUUUAACAAUAUUAAAAAUUGCGAUUACAACUAUAAAUCGCAACUUUUUAGUUGAUAUUCAAAUUAAAA